GAUGCCGUGUUCAUCGCUUGCUACAAUCUCUUCUUCACAGCUCUUCCGGUGUUGGCGAUGGGCUCACUUGAUCAGGAUAUUGAUGAUUCUUAUAGCUUGCAAUAUCCAAAACUCUACCUACCAGGCCAAUUCAAUCUGUUUUUUAACAUGAGGAUCUUUAUAUAUUCAGUACUCCAUGGCAUGUUCAGUUCACUGGUGAUCUUCUUUAUCCCAUAUGGAACGCUGCUGAACGGCGCCUCUCACAACGGCAAGGAUCUGGACGACUACGCGACACUGGCGUUCACCACCUUCACAGCGCUGAUCGUCGUCGUCACCGGCCAGAUCGCCUUCGACACCGCCUACUGGACCGCCAUCAAUCACUUCGUCAUUUGGGGCUCUCUCAUCUUCUACCUGUUGCUCGCCGUCCUCAUAUACGAAGGUCUACCGGCGUCGGCAAUCGCCAAGUCCUCGACCAGCAUCUCGUACGGCGUCGUCUUCAAAACCAUGGCCACACCACAGUUCUGGUUCUCUGUUCUAAUGGUGAGCGCGAUUCUUCUGCUGCCGGUGAUGCUGAAUCGCUUCUUCUGGUUAGAUACACAUCCAUCAUUUGCCGACAGACUUCGGGUUCGAAAGAAGCUUGGCAAAAAAGUGACGCACAAGGAAAAAGAGGACAAAAAACCUGCGUUCACAAGAUCCGCCGCCACACGUCGUAGCGUCCGCGGCUCGUUGCGCUCAGGAUACGCAUUCUCGCAUUCACAAGGUUUCGGAGAACUCAUAUUGAAAGGAAAGCUCUUCAAGAGCGUCGAGCAAGCACGGACCAAGAACGGACAGCAAUCACCGCUUCGCAACAAUGCCACUCCUUCCAACGCCGUCCCUGCGAUGCUCACUCGUGUACCGAACAGCGAUGCCGAGGUACUUCGGGAUUUUUUUCGUUGA